CAUGCUGGGCAAAGCACAUUGGUCUGCCUUUUUUACAGACAGACCUUUGGGCAGACAACAACUAAAGCUUUCUGCUCCCUCCCCUUUCCCAAGUAUUUGCAAAAUGGAUUCCCAAAGGGAACUCACUGAAGAGCUCAGACUUUACCAAUCCACCCUUCUUCAGGAUGGCCUCAAGGAACUCCUUGAAGAGAAAAAGUUUAUAGAUUGCUCUCUAAAAGCUGGUGACAGAAGCCUGCCUUGCCACAGAUUGAUUCUGUCGGCAUGUAGCCCUUAUUUUCGUGAGUAUUUCUUAUCUGAGCAAAAUGAAGAAAAAAAGAAGGAGGUAGUUCUAGAUAAUGUCGACCCCAACAUCCUGGAUAUGAUUGUCAAAUACCUUUACUCAGCAAGUAUUGAUCUUAACGAUUCUAACGUGCAAGAUAUUUUUGCUUUGGCCAGUCGCUUUCAGAUCCCUUCUGUGUUCACUGUGUGCGUCUCCUAUCUUCAGAAGAGGCUUGCUGUUGGUAACUGCCUGGCCAUCCUCCGACUGGGUGUUCUGCUUGAUUGCCCAAGACUUGCAUUUUCUGCCCGUGAUUUUGUUUCAGAUCAUUUUGUGCAGAUCUGCAAAGAAGAGGACUUCAUGCAGCUUGCCCCGCAUGAACUUAUCUCAGUUAUUUCACCUGACAGCUUAAAUGUAGAGAAGGAAGAACUGGUAUUUGAAGCAGUAAUGAGAUGGGUCCGAACAGACAAGGAGAACAGAGUGAAGAGCCUGGGGGAAAUUUUUGACUGCAUACGUUUUCGUCUUAUGCCAGAAAAAUAUUUCAAAGAACACGUUGAGAAGGAUGAUAUAAUUAAAAGCAACUCAGACCUUCAGAAAAAAGUAAAGAUUAUUAAGGAUGCUUUUGCUGGAAAACUGCCCGACUCUAGCAAAAGUACAGAAAAGUCAACCAAAGGGGAGGUGAAUGGUGAUGUAGGAGAUGAAGAUUUACUGCCUGGCUACCUAAAUGACCUUCCCAGGCACGGCAUGUUUGUCAAAGACCUAAUUCUUCUGGUUAACGACACUGCUGCAGUAGCUUAUGAUCCUCUUGAAAACGAAUGCUACCUAGCAGCCCUGGCAGAACAGAUUCCCAGAAAUCAUUCCAGUAUAGUCACCAAACAAAAUCAGGUCUACAUUGUUGGAGGACUUUAUGUGGAAGAGGAGAACAAGGAUCAGCCUUUCCAGUCAUACUUCUUCCAGCUGGAUAGCGUCGCUGGUGAGUGGGUUGCACUUCCUCCACUGCCAUCAGCCAGGUGUCUCUUCGGCCUGGGAGAGUCCGACAGCAAGAUCUAUGUAAUUGCUGGCAAGGACCUUCGCACUGAGGAGUCUCUAGAUUCAGUAUUGUGCUAUGAUCCUGUGGCAAUGAAAUGGGGUGAGAUCAAAAAACUACCCAUCAAAGUAUAUGGCCAUGCUACCAUCUCAAACAAUGGAUUGAUAUAUUGCCUUGGAGGAAAAACUGAUGAUAAGAAAUGCACUAAUAGACUAUUUGUAUACAAUCCCAAGAAAGGAGACUGGAGAGACCUGGCUCCAAUGAAAGUGGCUCGCUCAAUGUUUGGAACGGCUAUCCAUAAGGGCAAGAUUGUCAUUGCAGGUGGCGUCACUGAAGAAGGCCUUACGGCAUCUGUUGAAGCUUUUGAUCUGACCACCAAUAAGUGGGAGAUUAUGCCUGAAUUUCCCCAAGAGAGAAGUUCCAUCAGUUUAGUCACCUUAGGUGGAGCCUUGUAUGCUAUUGGAGGCUUUGCAAUGAUUCAGCUUGAAUCUAAAGAAUUUGCACCCAGCGAAGUCACUGACAUAUGGAAGUAUGAUGAUGAAAAGAAGGAAUGGAUUGGCAUACUGAAAGAGAUCCGAUAUGCUACUGGAGCAUCCUGCCUGGCUACACGUUUAAACCUCUUCAAGUUAUCAAAACUGUAAACAAAAUGCUGGAAAAUAUGAUAUGUAAAUAUUUUAUGGAAGUUUUUCUCAGAGAUCUGAGGCCAUUAACAAGCAUUCAUUAAAAAGACCUAAAAGAACUGAUCAUCAAAUACCUACAGCAGAGGAGACUUUUCCAUCUCAUAAAACGUUGAUGCAUUUUACUGUUGAAACUUUUAACAAUUAAACUUUGUUUUUAAAGCUAUAAAAGUGUCACUUGAUGGUGUCUCUUCUAGACAUCAGCUCAUCAUCACUGUUACAUUGACAGGAUACACAUUUCUUAGUACAGCCUUUACCCAAAACAGAGCACUCAGUUUUCUUAAAGCAGAGCAUGCCCACUGUUUUUAGAGUAACUCUUCAAAGGAUUUCUUCAUUGAAUAAAGAGGGUAUCAUAAAUCUAAAUCUAAUUACAACUGAUGUAGCAGAAAAACUAGAAAAGCAGCCCACCACACCUGCCUGAAUAGCAAUUCCAGCUAUCAAAUCAGCCCUUGCAUUGCCUUCUUAGGAGACAGAGGUAAACAUAUGGCAAGGGCCCAGCCAUCAUAGUUCAUUUCAGGAUGUUACUGUACACCAAUACUUAAUCUGUGGGACAUCUUUUCUGUUUUCCUCUUUAAUACCCAAAUCUUCAGCUGUUCUUGGCAUCUUUUCAUUGGCUCCAGUUAAAUCACUGGUUUACACCAGCCCAUCUGCUCUAACACUUCCUGAUUUAAUUUAGAAGGAAUGACUGCAAAGGAUCAAAAGCAGCGCAUUUUACUGAAAUACUUAUUUCAGUCAAUAAAUAUUUCAGUAGUUAUUUAAAUAAUUAAACUUCUAUUUACU